GCGGUAGAGGUGCUUGCAUUGACAGCACUAAUUCACUCCAAAUUGUUUAGUCAUUCUGAAACAAAAAAGGGAGAAAAAUAACAUUUUAUACAUCUUUCGCUGCUAAUUUGUUGUAAACUUGUGAAAGCAACAUGCCGGAUUACCUGGGUGAUGAUCAGCGCAAAGUGAAGCACGAAGAAAAAGAGGAAAAAGAAAUCAAGUCACUCGAUGAAGGCGAUAUCGAGCUUCUAAAAACGUACGGCCAGAGCCAGUACCACAAGUCGAUCAAAAAUAUUGAAGAAGAUAUACAAAAGGCCGUGAAGCAGGUGAAUGAGUUGACUGGAAUCAAGGAGAGCGACACAGGCCUGGCCCCACCAGCGCUCUGGGACUUGGCUGCCGACAAGCAGAUUUUGCAAAAUGAACAGCCAUUGCAAGUGGCCCGUUGCACGAAAAUUAUCAAUGCCGAUUCGGAUGAUCCCAAGUACAUUAUCAAUGUGAAGCAGUUUGCCAAGUUUGUGGUAGAUUUGGCCGAUUCUGUGGCUCCAACUGACAUCGAGGAGGGCAUGCGUGUUGGCGUUGAUCGCAACAAAUACCAGAUACACAUACCAUUGCCACCAAAGAUAGACCCAACAGUGACGAUGAUGCAGGUGGAGGAUAAGCCAGAUGUAACUUAUAGCGAUGUAGGUGGCUGCAAAGAACAGAUAGAAAAGCUGCGCGAGGUUGUGGAAACACCGUUGCUGCAUCCUGAGAAAUUCGUAAAUUUGGGCAUUGAACCUCCCAAGGGUGUGCUGCUGUUUGGCCCGCCCGGCACUGGGAAGACAUUGUGUGCCCGUGCUGUGGCCAAUCGUACUGAUGCGUGCUUCAUCCGUGUUAUUGGCUCGGAGCUGGUACAGAAGUAUGUCGGUGAAGGCGCGCGCAUGGUGCGUGAACUCUUUGAGAUGGCGCGUUCCAAAAAAGCUUGUCUUAUUUUCUUCGAUGAAAUCGACGCAAUUGGCGGGGCCCGUUUUGAUGACGGCGCCGGCGGUGACAACGAGGUACAGCGCACAAUGUUGGAGCUCAUUAAUCAGCUUGACGGUUUUGAUCCGCGAGGCAACAUAAAAGUGCUCAUGGCUACCAACAGACCUGAUACAUUGGAUCCGGCUCUCAUGCGUCCCGGCCGUCUAGAUCGUAAAGUGGAAUUUGGAUUGCCCGAUCAAGAUGGACGCUCACAUAUCUUUAAGAUUCACGCUAGAUCUAUGUCUGUUGAGCGGGACAUUCGUUUUGAUCUGCUGGCGCGGUUGUGCCCGAAUUCAACAGGUGCCGAAAUUCGUUCGGUGUGCACGGAGGCUGGCAUGUUUGCUAUUCGUGCACGUCGCAAAGUGGCGACUGAAAAGGACUUCCUUGAGGCAGUUAACAAGGUUAUCAAGAGCUACGCUAAGUUCAGCGCCACACCCCGCUAUAUGACCUACAAUUAAGUUGAAUAUUCUCUGUGUCCGCUAACGCAUCUGGAAAUUAAUUAUAAUAAAAUAAAAUGAUAAAAAUAUA